AACCAUUUCAAUUAGGCAAUUAGCUUUAAGAAUUAUCUUUCAUGUAUGUCCUUUAAAUUUUCGUUCACCUAAGGAUAACAGUAGGAAUGUUUGAUAUCCAAGACACCAGAACCUUUCCGUUGCUGAUCUUAAUCUCAAUCUUCAGCCUUAUCAGCUUCAUCAAUGCCCAACCAAACUACGAUUACCACCUCUGUCAAGGCCAAGAUGGUGACUCGGCAAAUGCCAAUUUUGAAACUGAUCUCUCUUCCCUCUUGGAUUCUCUGUCUCCUAAGGCUGCCCUCUACAAAUUCUACAAUGACUCCUUUAACCAAAUCUACAGCCUCUACCAGUGCAGAGGCGAUAUCAACGCUACCACCUGCUACAAUUGUGUGAAAGCUGCAGCUCAAGAAAUCCAAGAGCAAUGCCGGUUUAAUAAAACAGCGAUCAUAUGGUUUGAUGCUUGCAUGGUACGUUACUCUAAUAAAUACUUCUUUGGAAUUCCAGAGACAUAUACAGGGUACUUGAUGUGGAAUAACAACAACAGUACUGAAUCCUCUCCAAGCCUUGGUGUUGGGGCUUUAGCUUUGAUCUAUGAGCUAGUGGAAAAGGCUCCCAAUUCAGAAAUGAUGUUUGCCACGAAGGAGGGAGUGGCUAUGGAUAAUUCUUCUUGGAAGAUAUAUGGGCUGGUUCAGUGUACAGGAGAUAUCAAUAAUGUUUCAUGCAAAGAUUGUUUAGUGAAGCUGCUGAAGAACAUUGAAGAAUGCUGCCGAGAGAGGUUGGGGUGGCGUACUAUGAGCCCAAGUUGUCAUUUAAGAUACGACCAAAGGCCUUUCUACCAGCAAUCUCUGGCUAAUCCACCCUUGCACACUUCAGGAAAAGGAGGAAAGCGCACAACAAAGAUUGUAAUUGGUACCGUGUCAGCAUUUAUGGUAGUAGUAAUUCUUUUGGGUUGCUACAUUUACUAUUCAGUUUUCAGAAGGAAGAGCAGAGGAGGGGAGAAAUCUAGGGAAGAUAUUUUAUUCAAAGAUUUGAAACGUCCAACUGGCAAAACAAAAUUCAGGGAGGGAAAUAUGCAAGCAAGGGGUGAGGAGGACAGUGGAGAAAUGUAUUACUUCAAUUUAACCACUAUUCUGACGGCUACAAACAAUUUCUAUGAGGCUAAUAAGCUUGGACAAGGAGGUUUUGGCCCUGUUUACAAGGGCACUCUGCCUAAUGGCAAAGAAAUAGCAGUUAAAAGGCUUUCAGCAAAAUCAGGGCAAGGGAUUGAAGAGUUCAGAAAUGAAGUUAUGGUAAUUGUUAAACUUCAACACAAAAAUCUUGUGAGGCUGUUGGGUUGCUGCAUAGAAGGAGAUGAAAAGCUUCUAGUCUACGAGUACAUGGCCAACACGAGUCUAGACGCCUUUUUGUUUGAUCCAACAAAAAAAAAGCAACUAGACUGGGCUAAGCGGGCAGCCAUUAUUGGUGGCAUAGCAAGGGGGCUUCUAUAUCUGCAUGAGGAUUCUAGGCUCAAAAUCAUCCAUAGGGAUUUGAAAGCAAGCAAUGUUUUGUUGGAUGAUGAGAUGAACCCCAAGAUCUCAGACUUUGGCACUGCCAGGAUUUUUGGAAGCAACCAAAUUGAAGCUAGCACCAACAGAAUUGUUGGUACAUUUGGCUAUAUGGCGCCAGAGUAUGCAAUGCACGGUCACUUCUCAGUCAAGACAGAUGUUUAUAGCUUUGGUGUGUUAGUUUUGGAGAUUGUGACCGGUCAGAGGAAUAACCGUUUUGGCCGCAGGGAAAAUGUUGAGGACCUUCUGAGCUAUGCUUGGAAAAAUUGGAAAGAAGGGACAGCUACCAAUAUAGUAGAUCCCAUGUUAAGGGAUGACACAACAAGUGAAAUAAUGAAAUGUAUCCACAUUGGGCUCCUCUGCGUUCAAGAAAAGGAAGUUGAUAGACCAACCAUGGCUUCUAUUGUUCUUAUGCUUAAUGGCCACUCUCUAAGUCUCCCGGUACCUUCACAUCCUGCAUUUUUUAGCCAUAACAGUAGCCAGUUGGACAUGCCUUUAGGAACCAAGUUGGAUCAAUUCUCAGUAGAUGAGGCUACAAUUACUGAUCUACAUCCUCGAUAGUUUGUA